AUGAAUUCGAGAGGGCCUGGUGAUAGAGUGCAGGCGGUAUCGUUAGUGGGUGAGUGUGAGAAGGAUGAGAGAGAUGAAGAGAAGGUGAUGAGUGAUCCGAGUCUAGAGAAGGUGAUAGGACUCAAGUGUGGGGAUCCACCGGAUAGGAGAGUAGAGGAAUUAGAGGAGAGAAUCGUGCGUUUAGAAUCUAAGAUAGAGACACUGAGCAAGGCUCAGAGUGGAGAUGGAGUUCGAUAUGAAGAGUAUAGAUUCAAACCGCCAGGUGAGGAGUUGAGAGGUUGUAAGAGAGAUGAGAGUGUUUGGGUUGAUUCGGGCAACAAACCCCCCUGUCGACCCUCUCCAUUCUCACUUUCCCCGUGUUCUCACCCUAACAUCCAUAUCUCCCUUUACCCCACUGCCAUAACCCCCCUCAUCCCUUUACCUCACUGCCGAUCACCCUCCUCCCUUUACCACACCGCCGGUCACCUCUCCUUCUUCCUUACCCACCAACCACCGUCACCCCUCUUAACACCUCCCCUUAAAACCGCCACCCUCCUCCCUUUACCUCACCGCCGACCACCUCCUCGCCGCCGCACACCCGCCGCCGGUCACCUCACCUCGUUAACCCUCUCCCUCACCUCUAGCCGCCGCUCACUUCGCCACCUUCCCCUCCUCCACAUCCGCCGUACACCGACGACCACCCCCUCCCCAUUCUUCGCCGGUAAACGCCUCCUGCCGCUCACCAUCCCCCACACCCUUCCCACCUACCCGCACCGACCACCUAACCCAGCUUUAUCACCGCCGCCGACCACCUACAUCACCCCCUCCGCCGUAAACCCUUCCUCACCACUCGCCGGCCACCCCACUUCCUCCACUACCGCCGACCACCUCCUAAACCCACACUUACAGCCGGAUUCAAUUUGGGGAUCAAACUUUAAUCGAACAAUUUUCUUUGAUCUUCUUGCUCGCGCGAUUCUCAGAAUGCCAGGUGCAGGAACUUCGAGUCGGGCCAACAAGAAACAAGGCUGAGACACUCGCUCAGGAAAGGGCCCAGUGGGACACAGGCGGGUGAUGAGGUGUUGGGUGAUGCGGAGUAGAGCGAGGAUGCAGCGAGGAUGACAACUUAUAUCUUUUAUUUAUUUUUUUAUCUUUAUGCUGUUUUUAAUCCUCGUCUAUUGGUUUGUACUUAAAUACAUUAAACAGGUUGGAUGGGUUUUGGGGUUGGUUGAAACACUUGUGGAUAGUUGUUGAACGUGAUAUUAUAUAUUAUCUUUUGCUAGUGUUUGCGUGA